AUGGGUCCAAUACCAAAGUUCAAAGCUGCCAAUGUUACCUAUGAAUCAAAUCCGUUUUGUCAAUCUAUUCCCGGGGUUCCUUGUGCCCCAGAAGUCAUGGCGCUCUUGAAAUUCCUUGAUGCAAUUAAUUAUCCAUCUAAGUUUGCUUCUGCAUGGUCAGGUAACAAUCCAUGUGAUGGACCAUGGUUGGCAUUGACUUGUGACGUCAACAGAAAGGUUUCUACAGUAACCUUGCCCGAAUCUAAUCUUACUGGUACUUUGAGUCCUUCAAUUGCAAACCUGGAUUCCCUUACUCAAAUCAUACUUCGAUCUAACCAGUUAACUGGUCCAAUUCCAACAAAUUGGACUAGCUUAAAAUCUUUGACAUUGUUGGAUUUGAGCAACAACAACCUUUCCCCACCUCUGCCAAAUUUCAAUAGCACUGUAAACCUUGUGUUAUAUGGGAAUCCUUUAUUAAACUCUAAUACUUCCAGACCAACCGCUCCGCCAGGCGAGGAUGGUAGUUGUAUCAGUCCAGUUCAUUCAAAAUGUGACCAAAAAUUUUGCACAAAAAAUGAGCUUGGACGCGGUGGUUUUGGGGUGGUUUACAAGGGAGAAUUGGAUGAAGGAACAAAAAUAGCAGUGAAAAGGAUAGAGGCUGGAGCAAUUAGCAACAAAGCUUUAAACGAAUUUCGAUCAGAAAUUUCUGUUCUUUCUAAGGUCCACCAUCGUCAAUUGAGCGAAAGUUCAGAUUUUGGACUAGUUAAACUGGUUCCUGAUGGGGAGAAAUCUGUAUUGACCAAGCUAGCUGGGACUUUUGGAUACCUAGCACCCGAAUAUGCUUGUAAACUCACGACGAAAGCUGAUGUCUUCAGUUUUGGGGUUGUACUAAUGGAGCUAUUAACUGGACUAAUGACAACUAAUGAGGAGAGACCUCAGGAAAGCAAAUCCUUGGUGGCAUGGUUCUAG